AAAGAAUUGCUAAUUGAAAUUAUUUAUUUUUUCUGUUGAACAUUAUGGCAAAUUUAAAUGAAAAAAAUGUACGAAUAUUACAAAUAUUAGAAGGACAUAAAAGUGAUGUUACCUGUAUUGAAUUCUGGGGUAAUGUACUUUUAUUUACGGGAUCAAGUGAUAAAACUAUUCGAUUAUGGAAAUGGAUAGUUGGAUCUGGUUUUGUUGAAGAAUCGAUAUCACCAUUAAGAGGACACACUUAUGGUGUGACCAGUGUUAAAAUAUCACCUCAUGGAGGUGUUUUAGCAUCAUCAUCAAAAGAUGGAAGUAUAAUAUUGUGGGAUAUUUCCAAUGGAACUAAAACGAAUAUCCUAUAUCAAGAAAAUGGAGAGGGUAUAAGAUGUUGUUCAUUCAGCCCGAAUGGAGAAUGUAUAGUUGCGGCCGGCGAUUGUGGUACAAUUUGUAUAUGGAAUCAAGAUAAAAAUUUAGUCAAAACAUAUCAUUAUCAUGAGGAAACUAUUUAUACUAUGAGUUUUUCAUCAGACUCUAAUAUUUUACUAACCGGUUGCAAUGAUGGUCAAAUUCGUUUGCUAGCUAUAAACAAAACUACUGAAAAUAAUGAAUCAAAUCCAAUUAAUCCAGAUUAUGACUGUGGUAUAGAUAAUGCACAUGAUUUAGGAGUGACUUCAUCAGAUUUUUUUAAAACAGUUCACACAGACCCUUUGAAUCGAAAUACAGGAAUAUAUACAGCAAUAACUGGUGGAACAGAUCAAUUAGUUAAAAUUUGGAGAAUUUUCUUUCUUAUAGAAAAAUCUGAUAAUAUUGAUGAAAUAAAUCGUUUAAUACCAGGUUUAGGUGAUCAUGAAUCAAAUUUAUCAACGAUCUACAGUACAAAAUCAAUGAAUGCUGAAUGUGUGCAAGUGAUCAAUUGUCAUGGUAGCUCUAUAACAUGUGUUAAACUUAACAAACGCGGUACAAUGUUUAUGACUGCAAGUUUAGAUAAAACAAUUAAAUUGUGGAACAAUCAAGGAAAAUUGAUUAAUACUUUAGUUAAACAUAAAAGAUAUGUGAAUUGUUUAAGUAUUAAUGAUUCAUCAAAUAUAUUGGCUUCUGGUUCAAAUGAUAAAAAUGUUAUAAUAUGGGAUUUAACAUCAUCAUUAACACUUGAAUCUCAUAUUGCUAGAUUAAGUUCAAUGAUAUUUAAUUUGGCAUCAAAUGAUAGAAAUGUUAUACCAUCAGAAUUUUUAUGCCCAUUAACACAUGAAAUUAUGAAUGACCCUGUGAUUUUAGAAGAUAAAUUUACUUAUGAAAAAUCUGCAAUUAAUGAAUGGUUCAAUUCUAAUCAAAACAAAUCACCAAUAACUAAUGAAGAAUUAAAUCCAAUGAGAAUAAUGGACAAUAUUGAAUUAAAACAAAAUAUUGAAAAUUUUUUGAAGUCAAUGGAUUUUGAUAGUUUUAAUACGGUCAACUUAAAUGAAAAUGAAUAAUAUUUUAAAGCAGAUUAUGAUAAUUUAAAAGCUGCUUUAUGACAAUAU